AUGUUAUCAUUCAGGCACCUGUGUCAUCAGUUUGACACCGGGCUGAUCUCCACACCCAGCCUCGUGCUUAUCGGCCUUGCACCCUUUCUUUUAUCACUCCCUAAGCCUGUCAAUCAGGGAGGUCCUCUGGUGACCAGUCAGACCCUCUUUAGGGGAUACGGGACCAAGAAGCCAUUAGUGUUGAGGCGGCAUCGUCAGACUGUCCAAAAGAUGAUGAGAAACAGAGCAUCCAGAGAGCCCGAAGGAGAAAGGGAAGUUUUGAACAGCAUUGAAAGAGUAAUCCUGGAAAUAGUGACUCGUCUGUCGAAGAAUGAGGCACCAACCCUAUUGCUCCCUAACAGAUCCAGCUGGGACAAUGUCAGUUUUGACAGUGCCGUUGGGCUUCAGAUGAGUUCAACAAAUGCUGUCAAGGCAAUCCGAAGUGACUGCCCAAAAACUGCUCAAUACUUUUCCCAGAUUCUCAAGCUCCUUUCUGUCAUUUAUACACUCGUGCAGAGCAACUCGUAUGCCACAAAAAGAGACAUCUAUUACAACCAUCCGCAGCUGUUUGGCUCACAGAAAACAGUUGAUCAAAUAGUGGAUGAUGUGUCGUGCAUGCUAAAGAUGCCUCGAAGAGCUCUACACGUGUUGGCCACGUCCAAAGGUUUAAUCUCAGGUGAUCUUUGUUACAUGGAGGAGGACGGUACAAGGAUCAACUGUAAUUCAAGUUCCACUGCUGUUGCGGUUUCAUCAAACAUUGCAGGCAUCCGAAAUAUUGUAUCAUCUGCCAGGUUUAUCCUAGUAGUUGAGAAGGAUGCUACAUUUCAGCGGCUUCUUCAAGAUGGCUUAUGCACCACUCUUUCUCCAUGUAUCAUGAUCACAGGUAAAGGCUUUCCAGAUGUGAACAGCAGGUUGAUGGUGAGAAAGCUCUGGGAUGUGCUGCAAGUCCCAGUCUUCACUCUGGUGGAUGCUGACCCACAUGGCAUUGAGAUCAUGUGCAUCUACAAGUAUGGAUCAGUGGCCAUGUCAUUUGAGGCCCAAAACAUGACCAUCCCCAGUGUCCUUUGGUUAGGCCUCCUCCCUUCAGACCUCGAGAGGCUGCAGGUUCCCAGGAAUGCUCUGAUCCCCCUCACCAAGACUGACGAAAACAAACUCAAGAGCCUGCUUAAAAGGCCCUAUGUAAUGGAUCAACCAGAGUGGCUUAAAGAGAUGGAGUUAAUGCAGAAGAAUAAACUCAAAGCAGAAAUACAGUCGCUGACAGCCAUUGGUCCAGACUUUCUCACCAACAUCUACCUGCCCAACAAGCUACGCUAUGGGGGCUGGCUAUGA